AGUGUGCGAGGCGGGCUCUCAGUGGUGCGGCCGGCAGGCGGCUAUGGCGGCCGUACGGGGCCUGCGAGUGUCGGUGAAGGCAGAGGCCCCGGCGGGGCCGGCUCUAGGGCUCCCGUCGCCUGAAGCGGACUCCGGUUUGGAGCGUGGCGAGCCGGAGCCCAUGGAGGUGGAGGAGGGCGAGCUGGAGAUUGUGCCCGUGCGGCGCUCGCUGAAAGAACUGAUCCCGGACACAAGCAGAAGAUAUGAAAACAAGGCUGGCAGCUUCAUCACCGGAAUUGAUGUCACCUCCAAGGAAGCAAUUGAAAAGAAAGAACAGCGAGCCAAGCGCUUCCAUUUUCGAUCAGAAGUAAAUCUUGCCCAAAGAAAUGUAGCCUUGGACCGAGACAUGAUGAAGAAAGCAAUCCCCAAAGUGAGACUGGAGACAAUCUACAUUUGUGGAGUAGAUGAGAUGAGUACCCAGGAUAUCUUUUCCUAUUUUAAAGAAUAUCCUCCUGCUCACAUUGAAUGGCUGGAUGAUACCUCCUGUAAUGUGGUUUGGCUGGAUGAAAUGACAGCCACACGAGCCCUUAUCAAUAUGAGCUCUCUGCCAGCCCUGGACAAGAUAAGAAGCAGGGAUGCCAAUGAGGACAGGUCAUCUGAGAAAAGUAAAAAAGACAAGCAGGAAGACAGUUCAGAUGAUGAUGAGGCUGAAGAAGGAGAAGUUGAAGAUGAGAACUCAAGUGAUAUAGAGUUGGACACGUUGUCUCAAGUAGAAGAAGAGUCUCUGCUAAGAAAUGAUCUUCGUCCAGCUAACAAACUUGCUAAAGGAAAUAGGUUAUUCAUGAGAUUUGCUACAAAAGAUGACAAAAAGGAACUUGGAGCAGCCAGAAGAAGUCAGUAUUACAUGAAAUAUGGGAAUCCAAAUUACGGAGGCAUGAAAGGAAUUCUUAGUAAUUCUUGGAAGCGAAGAUAUCAUUCCCGUCGCAUUCAGCGGGAUGUGAUCAAGAAGAGAGCCCUGAUUGGGGAUGACGUUGGCUUGACGUCCUAUAAACACCGACAUUCCGGACUAGUAAAUGUUCCAGAGGAACCCAUUGAAGAGGAAGAAGAGGAGGAGGCAGAGGAGGACCAGGACAUGGAUGCAGAUGACAGGGUGGUGGUGGAGUACCACGAGGAGCUGCCAGCUCUCAAGCAGCCCCGGGAGCGGAGCACCUCUGGGCAGUCCAGUGCCAGUAGUUCAGACUCCGAUGAAAUGGACUAUGACCUAGAAUUGAAAAUGAUUUCCACUCCUUCACCAAAGAAAAGCAUGAAAAUGACCAUGUAUGCUGAUGAAGUGGAAUCCCAGUUGAAAAAUAUUAGGAACUCCAUGAGGGCAGAUACUGUAUCCACAAGCAAUAUCAAAAACCGAAUUGGUAACAAAUUACCAACUGAGAAAUUUGUAGAUGUCCGACAUCUGUUAGAUGAAAAACGUCAGCACACACGUCUACGGCCACCAGGCAGCAAUACUAAAUCAGAUAUACGCCAGCGGUUAGGAAAAAGACCAUAUUCUCCAGAAAAGGCUUUUGGUAGUAACCCAGUCUUUCGGAGAGAGCCUUUUUCUGAUGUACAUAGUAGGCUGGGUGUUCCCAGGCAAGACAUUAAAGGCCUCUACUCUGAUACUCGGGAGAAGAAAUCAGGUAGUUUAUGGACGCGCUUAGGAUCUGCACCCAAGACCAAAGAAAAGAACACGAAGAAGGUGGAUCACAGGGCGCCAGGCACUGAGGAAGAUGACUCUGAGCUGCAAAGGGCAUGGGGGGCUCUGAUAAAGGAGAAAGAACAGUCUCGCCAAAAGAAGAGCCGCUGUUACCAGCACCCUUUUCCCAAGAAAAGUCAAUUCCCAGGUGCUUAUUGGACAGCCUUCGAGGGGGAAGAUGAGGGAAGCUGCCAGCUCACCCUUCCAGGACCCUAGUGUGGGGGCCGGAUCUCAUGGACCUGACCUCAGAGGUGCACCGGUGCCGCCCAGGUAGAUAAGAGAUGCAGCAUCGAUCGUGCUUCCGUUCCUCCCUGGGGAGUUCUGUUAGGGGCAUCUUAGCUAAUCAGCUUGAAGUGAAGAUCAAGUUCAGUGCUGUGGGAUUUUUAGGAACAAAAAACUGUGACUUCUGGAUUUGGGUGGAUUUUUGUGCUGAGGUGGGGUCAUGGGUUAAUGUUGAACAAUUUUUAAGUCUGUAUUAUGUUUAAAAAUAUUAAUGAUUUAAAAGUUUAAAUUUUUAAUUUUUAUAUGUGAAAAUAUUUCCUGUUGGCUACAAGGGAAGCUCAAGUGGUGUCUUAUGUGUGCUGUUAAAUAUAUAUUAUAUACUUUGGAAGAAGGCAAAGAGAGGAGUCUCAUUAUUUUUAAAUGAUCCUAAUUGUAUAGUCUGUCUGCUGUAUAUAGUGUUCAGCUUGCUUUUUGGCCACUGUAGGAAAAAAAUCCAUCCAUCUGAGAUGGGGUCCUGUUGUUUAUUAUCACUUCAGAAGUGAUACAUUAGUAUUUAUUCUUUCUGUUUCUAAGUUCUGGCACCUGAAGAUAUCUUUAAAACUGGCAAAUAAGAUAAUAGUAAUAGAAAUUUUAGUUUCUUUAUUUCUCGUUUACUUCUAAACUCUGUUCCGAUUAUUUUAAAGUCAGUAGAUUACUUUGUCUUCCUAUUUGAUCUUUAUUUUGAAGUAUUUAAUGUUUGUAUUCCUCUACAAGCUUAAAAAUAGUGUUUCACUUCAAUUCACUAGAACUUAAGAAUUAGAGAUAGUAAGCCUUUGUCGCUUUGUGAUGUCACAACUCCUCACCUGUCUGGAGUGUUUCAGUACCUGGUGCAGCCCUGGAUUCUAAGGAUCUUGACUUGUGGCAUUGAUAGUUGAUUACAGUGUGGUGUGAUUGAAUGCAGAACACUGCUGCUAAGAAAUGAAGGAAAGGGCUGUGGGACUUGAGAGCUGCAACAGCUGUACUCCACCAUGUUUUGUUGCUUAACCUGCCUUUCACUCCCUUUAGAAAGAUUAGAAGCUGUUAACUACUGUAUGUUUCUGCUUCCUCAUCGGAUUCUUGGAGAGAGUUGGUUCUCUGCCAGUUGAGACUUACCGUUUCUGAGGUUUUUCGCUUUUUUUGCCCUGUGGAGUGUACAGCUGAGAGCCAGGUUCUUGAGAAGGGCAAGGUUUGGGGAGUUGGUAGAGUGAGAAGGACAAGGACUUGAGAGUCCGAGACCUGGAUGCCAACCCCUGGUUUCUGUUCCAUGGGCCUGGGCCUCUAGUUUUCCCAUCUGGCAAAUGAAUGGGCUGGUACCAGAGCUUCUUGACUUUGUUGGUGCGUCUCAGUGGUGUUUUACUCUUCCCGAAGCAAUGGUUGUGGUGGGCUGGCCAGCACUGGUUUCUGUUGCAGGUGUGGGGAGGGUCAAGAAGGGCAUGCAUGAGAUUUGGGGCAGGGAUUGACCUCCAUCCCAUUUCCAUUACAGUCUCUGGGUCUUCUAGUGGGACAGAGAUGUCCUUGUGGUCAGGGUCCUAACUGAUGUGGUCUCAGCAGUGUUCAAAAAAAGCCCUUCUGUGUUUCCCAGUCAUGACCUUUUCCACCAGUAGUUUGAGCCCAUCUCUCCCAUGGCCUUAUAGUCCUGGCCAGUCUCCUGCUAGAGAUCAGGGAGGGCUUUCUGAAAAGGUGGUGGUGUGUAGUCAGAACUGGGCCUUUGAUCUAACCAAGAAAAAUGCCCACUUCAGCAGCCUUGCAAUUCUUACAAAUUAACACAGACCCCAGAAAAGUAUCUUUGAAGAUUUCACUUCCCCAAGUUACUGUUGGCCACCUCCUCUUGCUCUCUGGCCCACACUCAGGCACUCAGAUGUUAACCACAUCUUACAUGUGCUGUGAGUGCCCAGGCCCUUUCUUUGGAGUUUGGGAGUGAGGGUAGACAGUUAGGAUGGCCCCCUAGUGGCAGCUCAGUGUGCCUGGGCGCUCCUUACCUAUGUGGGCAGCAGGGCUACAGACUUUUCUAUAUUCUUCUUAGCCUUUAUGCAUAUGAGAUUACAAAUACAUUUCUGCUGCUUGAUAGUAAUUGCAGAUACCUCAUUUCUGUUUCCCACUCUCCCUCUUGGGAGAGACACCAGCUACCCAGGAGAACUUGUGGAGCUUGUGACAAGCCCUCCUCUGGCCCCUUUUCUCGUCCCAUGAACUCCUCCCCUUAGUUCAAUCACUGUCUUCUCCCACUUCAUCCCUGUGACAGCCUCCUCCCUGAUCUCUGCCCCGUAUCCCAUCCCUCCAUCUCUGUUCUGUGCACUGCAGCUGGGGUGAACUUUUGUUGUUUGCAGCUUUACUGAGCUAUUAUUUACAUAGCAUACAGUUCACUCCUUUCAAGUAUACACUUCACGGGCACCUGGCUGUCUCAGUUGGAGGAGCAUGCGACUCUUGAUCUCGGGGUUGUGAGUUCGAGCCCCACAUUGGGUAUAGAGGUUACUUAAAAAUAAAAAAUUUUAGGAAAAAAGUGUACACUUCAGUGGCUUUUAGUAUAUUCACAGAGUUGUGCAGCCAUCACCAUAGUCAAUUUUAGAACAUUUUCAUCACCAAAAACAAACCCUAUAUCCAUUAACAAUCAUUCCCCAGUCCCUCUUCCCUCCUGGCAACCACUACUUUUGGUUUCUGUGGAUUUGCCUAUUUUGAAUGCUCAUGUAAAUGGAAUCAUACACUUUGUGGCGAUUUGUGAUUGGCUUCUUUCACUAAACAUAUUUUUGAGGAUCAUCGGUGUUGCAGCCCGUAUUAGAACUUCUUUUUAUUAAUGAAUAAUACUCCAUUGUAUCAAUACAGUACAUUUUAUUUAUCCAUUCAUCAGUUGAUGGACAUUUGGGUUGUUUCCACUUUUGGCUGAUGUGAAUUAUGCUGCUAUGGAACAUUUAUGUACAAGUGUUUGUGAUCAUGUUUUCAUUACUCUUGGGUUAUAUAUCUAGGGGUGGAAUUGCUGGGUCAUACGGUAACUCUGUCUUAACCUUUUGAAGAACUGCCAGACCAUUCUCCCAAAUGGCUGCAUCAUUUCCCAUUUUCCCCAUUAGUGUUUGAGGGCUCUGGUUUUUCCACGAUCCUUGACAACACUUACUUCACAAUGUGAAGUGGUAGCUCCUUGUGAUUCUGAUUUGCAUUUCCCUGAUGUAUAAUGAUAUUGGGCAUCUUUCCGUGUUCUUCAGAAUGAACUUUCUUAAGAAAGUUAUUCUGUUAUUCUUCUGCUUAAAACCUUUCCAAAGCUUGGAAUAAAUUCCAAACUCCAAUGAUAGCUCACAAGGCUUGUCAAAAUCUAACUUCUGGUAUCUCUGGCCUGUUCUCCCCAACCUCCCCUGCCCUGUGCCCACUAGUUACUUGGACCCAUCUUGAUCUCACCAGCCUUUCAAACUCUGCUUAGUGCUUUUCUUCCUCAGCAGUGACACACUCCCCUGGACCUUUCUUCCUUCUGCCUAAGCCUUGCCUUCUCUUUUCCCUCAUCCUCUAAGACUUAGAGACCACUCCAGGUGGCUGCCUCCAACUUCCAGAGCCAGGUUAUGGGCCCCUGCUACACAGUACUGUCAUGAAUGAGACUCUGCUCAUUUCAAGGUUGGGCUAUACAGUCACACCUAAGAUAAAAAUGGAGUGUAAUCAAAAUUCCUCUUGGAAAUCGUGGGGAACAUGCCAUGUUGAAAACCAGCAUCGUGAGAUCCAGCACAGUUGGUUUCUGCCUGUGUGGGAACAGAUCAUAGUUUGUUUGGUUGAGCUCCAGCUGAAGUGGUUGGCAUGCAAUGAGGGCCAUAUUGUGCAAAAAAACCCCACUUAUUUUUAGGUGUUAAACUCACUCAGGCAAGCAACUCACUUUUGAAGAGGCUCUUAGGAACUGUAACAAGCCACGCAAGCUUACCUUAGGUGAGUGGAGGGGCAGGUGAAAUGGCCCAAAUGACUUAAAAUUGUUUUCCUUUUUCUUGUCUUUUUAAAAAUUUUUUCAGGAGAAUAUACCAUUGUGUUUGCCUAAGUGAAAUGUGUGUAUGAUGCCAAAUCUCUGUAACCACCCCCUAAAGCCAGCACGGCUAUACACUGAAUUGUAAUUCCCUGUUCCUACUUUGUCUUUUUUGCUAGAUUGUAAGCUCCAUGAGAGUAGGCACCAUGUCUGGUUUGGUCAUGGGGGUUUCUCCAGUCUUAGAGCCAUGCCUGGCACCUGGCAGGUUAUCUAUAAACAUGCGGUGAAUGUAUAAAUCCCCCAGCUGCAGGAACAGCUUCAUUCUCUGAGGCCUGGGGUCCUCUUACAGGCUAGUCCAUGUUUUCUGCCUUGUACACACAAUACUUGAUGUUCAUGUUUUAUUUUCCCUUUUAGCCUGUGAGCUCCUAAUGAGCAGGUGUCUUCAUGUUGUUAUCUCUGUAUCCUCCCACCAUGCCAGUCCAGAGUAAGGAGUACUUAAAAAGUGUUUGGUAAACGAGUGAAUUAUGGUAACAACCCAGCUCUGAUUCCUUUGCCUACAGGCUAGUCGAAAUCUAGCUGACACUACCAUAUUGAAAAAGGAAGAUUAUUCAGAAGUGCAUAAACCGUACUUGUAUAAGAAAAAAAUCUCAUUAAUUAGACCUCCAUAAAAUUCAAAUUUUGGUGAUCUGGCCAUAUCUGAGCUGAAGUUUACCUGCUGUAUGAAGAAUUUGCAAGAGAAUCAUGUAGAAUAUUUUUUUUGGAAAGCAUUCAUCUGCCCCAGGAGAGCAGGAAAGGAAGCUGGUAGGUGGAUGAGAGGCCCCAAAGAGGGACUACUGAGCCAGUUCUUAGCUUUGGGUCCUAUGGGAGAGGAAAGUAACGGCAGUCCAAAGAAGGCAAAGAGAAAACUUGUUCAGGCAGCAGCUCUUUUGCCUCCAGUAGCAAUUCCAGCUCUCACUCGAGUGUUCUUAAAGUUAUGCUGCAAUGCAAACGGGCCGUUUGGGUUCACAGUAACAGCGAACCAUGGCUUCACAGAUUAAUUAAUUGCUGUACAAAUCAAUUUGGUAUAUAAGUAUUUGCUUUUAAACUUUAUAUAACAGGAAACAAAUGAGAAGUUAAAAAAGCAUUUUUUUUUCCUUUAAGAACUAAAAGGACAGAAUGUUUUUGAUAAUUUUGAGAAUAUCACACUUGCUUCAAGGCAGAUUAUUGCAUAAUCUGACCAACAAAAAUCCAGAACUUUUCUUACAUGUUUAUAAAAUAAAUCUUAGAAGAAAAAAUAUGGUAAGCAUUUUUUUUUUAAAUGAAAUUCUAUGAACAUUUCACAAGAUUUUGAUGUUCCUGGGAGCAAUUAGGGAAAUGCUGGCUCAAAAGUCUAUUUUGGAUUGUGAGGCACUGAAGUGGGAGUUUCCUGUGCUAUAGAUAAAACUCUAGAGUAUGGGUGGCAUUAACCUGCCAAGUCAAUACCCUGCCCUAGGGUUCUUACCUGUUUUUGCUCGAGCAAUUCUGAGGCCCUCUUUGCAUGACCAGAGUCUUCAGUAGGUGAAACUUUGUGUUAUCUCAAAUUGUCUGUCACCCUCACCUCUGACUGGUGUAGGUUAGUGAAGCCAAGAGGCCCACACCAUUGGCAGGAGAGGAGACAUGACCUUCGUAUCCCUUCCUGGCUGUUUGUGUGUUUAAUCAUGUGGUGCCUCCCCUCUUAUCAUUGGCAAGGAUUACUCAGAAAGCCUAUGAGCAGGAGGUUGUACUUUUAGCUCAGGUAGAGUGUCUCUGGGGGAGGGUCAAAUAGAAUAGUGUCUGAGACUGGGCCUGAAGCCUGGGGACUCAUUUUUUCUCACAUGCAAACUGGAAAAGACUGAACAAGUCCCUUCACCUCUCUGGACCCCAGUUUUCCUGUCUGUCAGAUGAAGAGCUCAACUGGGAUGGUCUCCAGGUUUCUUUCUAUUGCUAAUGUGAGUUCUAGGAACUUUGCUCUGCCUUUGCAAAGACCAUUAGGAGCCUAAGUUGAACAGGAAGGAGGUGUGGGCAAGCAAGAGGCCCAAGCCCUUGGACCCUUGGUCCAUAAACCAACCCCUCAGCUACAGAAGAACAAGAGGAUCCUCUCCCUUGCUUCCUCUGCACUAAGCCCACCUUCCCCAACACAUGCACACAUGCACCAUUCAAUGUUUUAUUUGGGAGGCUUUUUAGGAAGUAGUCCAUUUGUAUUAGCAUGGGCUGCCAUAACAAAAUAUAGACUGAGUGGCUUAAACACCAGAAAUUUAUUUUCUCACCGUCUAGGGGCUGAAAGGCCAAGAUCAGGAUGUUAGCAUAGUCAGGUUCUAAUGAGGGCUCUCUUCCUGACUUGCAGACGGCCAUAUUCUCAUAGUGCCCUCACAUGGCCUUUCCUUGGUACGUGCACAUGGGGAGAGAGAUCACUCUUCCUUUGCUAAGGCCACUAAGCCUAUUGAUUAGGGCCCUACGUUUAUGACCUUAAUUAUCUCCUUUAAGGCCUUUAGACCCUAUCUCCAAAUAAACUCAUGUUGGGGGGUUUAUGGCUUCAACAUACGAAUUUGGCAGGGGGCGGGGCACACAGUUCAGUUCAUGACACCCAGUAUAUGUUUGUGAAAUGAGGUCUCUGCUUUUUAAAAGCUCACAAACUGGGAGGAUUUAGCCCCAUGGGUAUGAGAGGAGUAGGGUUGUAGUAGUUCAGAGUCCUGGUACUGGAGGAGACAGAUCUGUCUGAAGUCCCAACUCUGCCACUUAUUAGCCAUAUCGCCUUAGGCAAGUUACUUAACCUCUCCAGUCCAGUAUUCUCAUCUGGGAAAUCAGGAUAACCAAGUAGGGUGGCUGUUAGGGUCAGAUGAGGGCAUUGCAAGGAAGGCCCUUGGCACUGAGUCUGGCACUCCCUCCUUAGUGCUCAGUCAGUGGUAGUGAUUCCUCCCGCUCCUCAGACUUCCCCCGGCUGCCCUUUGCCAGCUCUGUCCUCCGUUGCAGCCCUGUCUCCGUAAGUCCUCACGCUUCCAAAUGCCCUCUACCCAGCUUCCCAGGACUCAGAAGGCUAGUGGGUAGUUAGAACAUCUUAUAUGGGGGUGCCUGGGUGGCUCAGUUGGUUAAGCGACUGCCUUUGGCUCAGAUCAUGAUCCCAGAGUCCUGGGAUCGAGCCCCGCAUCCAGCUCCCUGCUCCGCGGGAAGCCUGCUUCUCCCUCUCCCACUCCCCCUGCUUGUGGUCCCUCUCUCACUGUCUCUGUCUGUCAAUUAAUUAAAUAAAAUCUUAAAAAAAAAAAAAACAUCUUCUAUGCCUACA